AUGCAAUCCAAGACAUCUUCUUAUUUAGCAAACCUAUUGCAGUUUUGCAUAGACAACAAAAUCCACAAGGCUAGAAAAAUCUUGCAUGCCUACCUUCUUCGCACCAACCAGUUUUCGAACACUUUCCUCGUUAAUCGGCUGAUCGAGCUCUAUUCAAAAUGUGGGCACCCAACUUCCGCGCACCUCCUGUUCGACCAAUUGUCCGCAAGAAACAUAUACACUUACCACGCAGUUUUAGACGCCUAUUGCAAAUCAAAUGACAUAGACAAUGCGUAUGAAGUGUUUGCUCAAAUGCCUGAGAGGAAUAGUGUAACGUGGAAUUUAAUAAUUACCGCGUUAUCGCAUAAUGGUUUUGAAAAGAAGGCUUUGGAGAAUUUUUAUUUGAUGAUGAUGGGUGGUUUUGUGCCAACACGCUUUACGUUGGCAAGUGUUUUAAGCGCUUGUGGGGGUGUGAGUGACGUGGGGUGUGGGAAGGAGUGUCAUGGUGUUGCUAUCAAACUCGGGCUUGAGGGGAAUUUUUUUGUCGGCAAUGCUUUGUUGGGAAUGUAUGCCAAAUGCGGAUUUGUUUGGGAAGCGAUUGAGAUUUUUAAGGGCUUGCCAGAGCAUAAUGAGGUGACAUUUACUGCUAUGAUGAAGGGGCUAAUGGAAACAGACCGCAUCCACGAAGCAUUUGACAUGUUUAAGUUGAUGCAUAGAGUAGGGAUCAGUAUUGAUUCUGUGUCACUGUCAAGUGUUUUAGGUGUUUGUGCUAAAAGUAGUUUUGAAGAUUUUGUUGUAGUUAAUGACAAUGAUAGGAAUUGGUAUAAUGUACAUGGGAAGCAAAUACAUGGUCUUGUUAUUAAACUCGGAUUUGAAAGAGAUCUGCAAUUAAAUAAUUCACUGCUAGAUAUGUAUGCAAAACAUGGAGACAUGGAGUGUGCUGAAAUGUUAUUCGAUAAUAUGUCUGAAGUCAGUGUUGUUUCAUGGAAUGUUAUGAUAGGUGGGUUUGGCCAGAAAUACAGUAAGGAAAGAGCGUUGGAGUACAUGGAAAAGAUGAAGAACCAUGGAUUUGAGCCCAAUGAGGUUACAUAUGUCAAUUUACUUGCUGCGUGUGUGAAAAGUGAGGAUGUUGAAACUGGGCGUCAGAUGUUUGAUGAUAUGUCAUGCCCAAGUUUGAGCUCAUGGAAUGCUCUACUAUCAGGCUAUUCACAGAACGAGCACCAUAAGGAGGCAGUGAUGCUUUUUAGAGAAAUGCAGUUCAGAAAUGUCCAACCUGAUCGAACGACUUUUGCAAUUGUUCUCAGUUCAUGCGCACAAAUGGGGCUUUUGGAUGGUGGAAAGCAAGUUCAUGCUGCCUUAUUGAAAGAUGUGGCUUAUACUGAUUUAUAUGUUGCCAGUGGGCUCAUUGGUUUGUAUUCCAAGUGUAGUAAGAUAGAAAUGGCAAAACACGUUUUUGAUGAGCUGCCCCAGUAUGACGUUGCAUGUUGGAAUUCCAUGAUAGCUGGUUUAUCUCUCAAUUCAUUGGAAGCAGAAGCUUUUAUUUAUUUCAAGCAAAUGCUAGGAAAAGGGAUGUUGCCAACUGAAUUUUCUUUUGCUACUAAUGCAGGGACAACAAAUGUUUCCUUAGGUUGCCAAGACCAGCACUGUGAAUAUGUGAAAAUUCUAUUUUACAACAGGUACCUGGCAAAAUAG